UGGCCCCUCGCGGCCCCUGUAGCGUCCCUAGUUACCGCGCCCCUCGCAACCGCCCUCCUCAAGCAAGGAGCCGCCGGGUCGCCUGAGGCCACGCCAGCUUCCCCGCCCCGGGCCAGCGCGGGCGCUCAGGCCUCGGCGGCGAGGUGAUGGCCGCCUCCCAUUCAGGGGCGAAGCCGGUGGCCUGCAGUCUCCAAACCCUGGGAAAUCUCAACACCGGAGCGCGGGUCGCCCAGUAUGAACGCGAAGACCCCUUAGAGGCCCUGGCGGCGGCGGCGGCGGCCUUGGAGGAGGAGGACGAGGAAGAGGAAGAAGACGAGGAGGCGGUGCGGCCGGCGCGGGCGCCGGCUGAUUUUAACACCAACAUUUCUGGGGUGGAUGAACAAGCACGUAUAAGGUGUGAGGACUUUGUGGACUUUUCUGAUAUUUACCAUUCUAAUGAAGAGUAUUUCAGGAAACUAGAAGAGCUGAAGGCUGCUCACAUGGAAACUAUGGCAAAGUUAGAGAAAAUGUACCAGAAUAAAUUAAAUUUAAAGGAAUUUCAGCCAAUGACCAUCAGAGAAGAAGUUUCUAGUGUCUCUUCCAGGUCUGUAUCAGAAAAGAACUCCUAUCACCCUGUCUCGUUAAUGACAUCGCUUUCAGAGCCUGAUUUAGGUCAGUCUUCCUCCUUGACUAUGUCUUCCUCUGAAGAUGAGUUGCCCAACUUAGAAAAAGAGUAUCCUAAGAAAAACAGAAUGAUGACCUAUGCUAAGGAGCUCAUCAACAACAUGUGGACAAACUUUUCUGUUGAAGAUUAUAUUCAGUGUAAAGAUGCUGACUUCUCAGCAGUUGUAAAAGCAAAGAAGAAACCAAAAGAAUGGGUGCCAAAGAUUACAGUACCUGAGCCUUUUCAAAUGAUGAUUAGAGAACAGAAGAAAAAAGAAGAAAACAUGAAAUCUAAAUCAGAUAUUGAAAUGGUACACAAACUGCUCAAAAAACAAGAAGAAGAUUCAGAGUGUAAGAAAAAAUUCCGAGCCAAUCCGGUUCCUGCAUUCGUCUUUUUCCCCCUCUACCGUGAUAUAGUCAAGCAAAAUGAAGAACGGAGGAGGUCUAUGAAGGAGAAGAAUAAAGAAGCUCUUUUGGCCUCACAAAAGCCAUUUAAGUUUAUUGCAAGAGAGGAACAGAAGCAAGCAAUUCGGGAAAAGCAGCUGAGAGACUUUUUUAAGUCUAAAAAGAAAACAAAUCGAUUUAAAGCCAGACCAAUACCUCGAUCUACUUAUGGUUCAACUACCAAUGACAAGUUAAAAGAGGAAGAGCUCUACAGAAACAUUAGGAUGCAGCUGAGAGCCCAAGAGCUUUUACAGAAUUCAUCCCCUCUGCCUUGUAGGCCAGCUCGUAGAAGUUUUGCUACAAGAAAGCCCAAGGGUCCUGAACAGGCUGAAAAGUUGAAGUGUAAACAUAAGGUUAGGUGCCAGACUACUGAUUUUGGAAACAUUCCUGAGAAACACCUCUCAGAACAGAAGUGUCCAAAACCCCUCACAGUCUGUAAACCAUCUGAUCUUCAUGCAGCCUCACAUGCAUCCACUAAAAGAGAGAAAAUUUUGGCAGACAUUGAAGCAGAUGAAGAAAAUUUAAAAGAAACACGUUGGCCUUAUCUGUCUCCAAGGCGCAAGUUACCAGUAAGAAGUGCAAGUGCAAAGCCUGUGCCUUGUAACUGCAGCCCUCCAGUGCCCACAGUGUCUUCCAGAGGAAGAGAGCAAGCCACAAGGAGAUCACUUGAGGAAAAGAAAAUGUUGGAAGAAGAGAGAAAUCGGAUCCUAACUAAGCAGAAGCAAAGAAUGAAAGAAUUGCAGAAACUCCUGACGACUCGGGCUAAGGCUUAUGACUCACAUCAAAGUUUAGUUCAAAUGUCUAAAUCCAGAGUAAAAUCUCUCAGAAAGAGUGAAAAGGAAAGGAUGAGAGAAUACCGACGAGAAGUAGAAGAAAGAGAAGAAAAAUUAAAAAACAGGCCACUACUCUUUGAAAGAGUUGCUCAGAAAAAUGCAAGGAUGGCAGCAGAAAAGCAUUAUUCUAACACCCUAAAAGCACUAGGAAUAUCUGAUGAGUUUGUUUCAAAGAAAGGCCAAAGUGGAAAAAUAUUUGAGUUCCUCAGCAAUCAAGAAAUGAAAAGUUUCACUGAAGGAAAAGAAAGCUUUAAUGAAGAAGAAAAAUUAGAAGAAAGAGAGAAUGAGGAAGAAAAUUAUUUUAUUCAUACCAACAGCCAGGAUUCUUGCAAGGAAAAAGAUGCAGCUGAUGAAGAGAGUGGAGAAGAGAAAUCUGUUGAAGAAUAAAACAGAAUCAGCAGGGCCUCCUCUCUGUGCCUGUGGUGUUGUCAGCAGCUGCGCUUGCGGUGUUAAGAACAUGGAUGAGAACCCCUCCCAUAUGUGCAGGGCACUUGGGCAAAAUCAUCUGUAGCCUGAAAGGGCCGAAUCCAGCUGAUUGGUCAUUUGGUCAGUUAGAGUAAGGCUUUGCCCAUUCAGUUUUUUAAAUUGCUACAUCUGGUCUGUUUGCAACUUUGAUCUUGUAUUUUUAAAAAAGCGUUUUAGAAUCACAGCUGUCACAAACUGAUUAGUUAUAAAAAUAUACAUUACUUCAUUAUUUUUGGUGGAAAAAAUGGCUUAGCAUUGAGAGCAGAGAGAAGUAUUAGCCUUUGGUGAUUUGUUUGAAAAAAUUUUUCUGGAACGCAGGAAUCAAUAAAUAUUUUAAAAUUAGAC